GAGCCUUCACAACAGUCUCAGUGGCGUGGCACCGACCUACCUGGUAGACUGUCAUUCAAGGCUAAUUGCCGAGCCACAAAACUGGAUCCCAAACCCGAUCGUAAGAAAGCAAGAGGUUGGGAAGAAAAACGUUCGCGUACGCAAAUAAAUAUCCACCAGCCGAUUAACGGAAAUGGAAAUGUAAUCGGGAAUACAGAUAGCACUAUCAAUGUCGGAACUUCCGUUGCUACAUCAAAAAGGGGUUUGAAUCGUGAAAAGCAAGAUGAAGUCACAAAACGGACUAAAAUCGAAUCACAAGAUCUACCUACUGAUCUUAGUGAAGAGGAGAGAGAACCUCCCAAUCUUCUUUCACCGCCUCAUUAUAUUUUAAUAAGUUCUGGUAUUGAACCCGAUGAAGAUGAUAGUUCGGAUGAGGAAGAAGGAUUUUGUCUUGAUAUAAAUACCGCUUCGUUUGACGAUUAUCUUGAUCAAAAUAAAAGAGAUUCCGAGUGGAAAUUACUAGAUGGUCGGCAACUUGUUAAAGCUCUUAAUAGUAAGACUCCGAAAUGGCUAAACUAUUUCUGGAAAAAGACAAAAAAGAGCAAACCCUAUUUGCGAGAAGUGUCAUCAGGAUUGUCUUCAAUAAUUGAUUUAUCAUUCGAGGACGGAAUGUGUUCAUGGUUUGAGAAGGAUUGGGCUAAUAUUAAAAAAAAGGUAUAUGAAAUUGUUGAUAUGGAACCGAAAGGUUUCGAGGGGGAAGUGGAAAAUGUAAUAAACACCAUUGAAGAGGAAAAUAAACUUGAACUAAGUCAUUCAGAAUGUGCAAAGAUUCCAUUUCCUACGAAAAUAGUACAUGACCGGUCAAAAUGUUUACGUACACUAAAAGGUAUUUUAAAUAAUUUUUUGAAAGAAGACUUAUCUGAUAAAGAAGUGCGAGAUUCAAAAAUUUUAGGAAUUCAGUUUUCUGGAAUAGAACUUUUAGAUGAUGGGUUGUACUUCGGACUUGAAGGUCCAACUUUUGAAUUUCCGACACAACUUAUGAAUAUUAAAUGUCUCCGUAGUGCAUUGAAGGCUUUAUUUUUUUUCAAGGAAAAUAUCGUUGAAAAAGCAAAAUUACAAUCUGAUCCGACGAAGACUAAUCAUCCUCUUCAUAAGAUACUACAUCGAUCGGGUAGCUCAAAAGCAAAACAUUUCAAGAUCAA